AGCGGCCAAUCUGUAGCUAAUUUUAUGGCGGAAUUGAAGAAAGCGUCCAAGUAUUGUGAUUUUGGUGCUAAUCUGGACGAUAAUAUGAGAGACCAAUUUGUGUGUGGCAUAAAUAGUGAUUUUGUUAGGCAGCGAUUGUUUGCGGAGGAAAGUCUAUCUUAUAGCAAGGCGGUUACGAUUGCUACUACGCUGGAGGCGGCCGAACGGGAUUCACAUGCAAUCGGAGAUAAGGAUAAUGCUAGUGACAAAAAUGAUGUAAAAUCAGUACAUAAGAUUCAACCGGUCAGUGCGGGACGUAGUCUAUGCGAGGCGUGCGGCGACCCUCAUCAUAAACAAAGCGAGUGCAAAUUUAGUCAAUAUGUGUGUGACGUGUGCAAAAUUAGGGGCCAUUUACGUAGGAUGUGCCCGCAAGUUAUGCGUGGCAGCAGUUUUGGGGCUAAUCGUCGUGGCAAUGGGGGCCGCGGGGCGGCGAACCGCGCGCGGUCAUGGCGCGGGGGCUGGAGCGGCCGAGGCGGAGGCGCCAGGUCCGGCUUGCAUUGGGUGCAAGGCCGGGACGCGGAGGCCGAGCAGGAGGAUUUCAUGGAGAGCGAGCGUGAACGGGACGGCGAAGCAGUUGUGAAUUUGAUGUCGUUAAACAAGUACAAGCCGGCAUAAGCCGUUAUUCGAGGAGGCGUUGGGCCGGUACACCGGGGGCAAGGCGUCGCUGUGUGUGCGCGAGGGGGCUCAGCCGAUUUUCUGCCGCGCGCGCCCUCUGCCGUACGCGCUGCGCGCGCGCCUCGACGCCGAGCUGGACGCCAUGCUGGCGGCUGGCGUCAUCGAGCCCGUCGACCACUCUGACUGGGCCACUCCUCUCGUCAUUGCCAGGAAAGCGGACGGAGGUAUCAGGGUAUGCGCUGACUAUAAGAUUACAUUAAAUAAAGUGUUAUUAGUCGAUAGGUACCCGGUUCCAAAGAUAGAAGAUUUGUUUACGAAUUUAAGUAAUAACUCGUAUUUCACGAAGUUAGAUUUGUCACAUGCAUAUAAUCAGUAUGAAUUGGACGAGGCGUCAAAAUGUUAUACGGUGAUAAAUACGCACCGUGGGUUAUUUAAAUAUAAUCGGUUAGUGUACGGGCUCUCGUCUAGCCCUGGGAUUUUUCAAAAGAUGAUGCAAUCGGUUCUACAGGGAAUUCCGAACGUUCUGAAUUUCUUAGACGAUAUCUUGAUUACAGGGGCGGACUUAGAUGAUCAUUUAAAAACAAUAAAUGAGGUAUUUAGUAGACUAGAAAGUUGUGGAUUAAAAUUAAAGAAAAGUAAGUGCGUAUUCCUAGCCGAUAAAGUAACGUUUUUAGGCUUCAAGGUCGAUAAACGGGGCGUGAGUGUGGACCCGGAGAAAAUAAAACCUAUACUAGAAAUGAGCGCUCCAAAGAAUGUGGCCGAACUGCGUUCAUUUUUGGGCAUGGUUAAUUUUUAUGGUAAGUUCGUGCGUAAUUUGAGUUCGUAUUUAUAUCCGUUAUACCAGUUAGUCAAGAAAGGGGUACAUUGGCGUUGGGGUAAGGAGGAAGAGGCAGCAUUCAGGCAGGUUAAAAGGCUAUUGUGCAGCACAGACGUGCUAGUGCAUUUUGAUAUUUCACAACAGUCGGUGGUUACCUGUGACGCGAGUGCGCAUGGCCUGGGAGCCGUGCUGGCCAUGCGCGGGCCCGACGGCACCGAGCGCGUCGUGGCUUAUGCCUCGCGUUCGCUGACGGCGCACGAGUUACACUACAGCCAGAUUCAUAAGGAGGCGUUAGCGAUCGUGUUUGCCGUGAGUAAGUUUCACCAGUACCUUUAUGGUCGUAAGUUUACACUGCGUACAGACCAUAAACCGCUGGUGAGUAUUUUUGGGCCUAAUUGCGGCGUGCCUGUUACCGCCGCGAGUCGACUGCAGCGCUGGGCAAUAGUGCUUUCAGCUUACGAUUUUGAUAUCGAGUACGUUUCAAC